AUGGGUUCAGCUGUCGGGCUUGUGGUCUGGUUGCUUCCGCUGAGAGCUGCGCUGGCCGAUGUGACGGCAUGCUCUUUCGCCGAGACGGCUGGAAAAGCAGUGCUCAUCCCAAGCGCGUAUGCUUUGAAGCACUGCAACCACAAAGUUUGGUCCACGGUUUAUGAGAGGACGCUGGAGGCCGCGAAGCAGCCUCUUGAAAAGACCUUGGAAUUCCGCAAGAUCCGCACAGGUCGAUUCAUGUUCCCUUCCAGCCCGGAGGGACCAAAAAGGAUGCUUUGGCAUACGAAUUUGUACAGCAACGACACUGCCAGCAAGGAUUUGAAUGAGCACUUCUUCACACCUUUCCCCGACAUGCUCGCGAGGUUCUCAAAGUGUGGCCUGAAGAUAUUUCAGCCGGUGGUUCUGUACAGAGCCUGGGCUCCACGUUUCUUCCAGUAUGGGCAUGUCCUGGCUGAUUUGCUUCCUCUUGUUGUCUGGAUCUACAACAACUUCGAGUCGAACGAUACGAAAAUCGUCGUGGAGCAGGAUACUGACGGGAGAAUCAAGAGCUUCAUGGAGUGGUUCGAUGGCAAAAUGCACGAGAGGAUGAUCUACGUGCCCGCCGACACUGUCGUCUGCGCA